UGUAGACUGGACCCGCCCCCUAAAUCCAGGAGACCAUCAAUUUAUGGAAGAAAGAUCUAGGGAGCACUGCCUCAAACCCUCCGGAUGUUCUAAGACUAGGACUCAGGAGACACAACCCUGACCACUCGCCCAGGAUGCAGCAGAAGGAAUGUUAGUCAGACUUCAAAAAGAACUUCCUUGCUGCCUGAGUUAGGCAUCCUGCCCGUCUGGUGCUGCCUCUCCAGGGCCUCGGUUUCAUCUUCAAAGUGGAGUGACGGAACAGACAUGCCCACCUUGCAGAGAUGCCGAAGCCCUGAUAAUGGAUGGGAAGCAUUUUUCGUUAUGAAGAGCCAAAGUAGGCGGGUUCGCUGCGGCCGCUCCAGGCCAAAGCAAGAAGACCUUACUGCGCACGCGCAGUAGACAGCCGACGGAGCCACCGAUGGAGCAGUCCGGAGGGGAGCAAGAGCCCGGAGCCGUCAGGCUCCUGGACCUGCCCUGGGAAGACGUGCUGCUCCCACACGUCCUGAACCGUGUGCCGCUGCGCCAGCUGCUCCGGCUGCAGCGCGUCAGUCGGGCCUUCCGGGCGCUAGUGCAGCUGCACCUGGCCGGGCUGCGCCGCUUCGACGCCGCUCAGGUGGGUCCGCAGAUCCCGCAGGCCGCAUUGGCCUGGCUGCUGCGGGACGCCGAGGGGCUGCAGGAGCUGGCGCUGGCGCCGUGUCACGAAUGGCUGUCGGACGAGGAUCUGGUGCCGGUGCUGGCGCGGAAUCCCCAGCUGCGGAGUGUGGCGCUGGCCGGCUGCGGGCAACUGAGCCGCCGCGCGCUGGGGGCGCUGGCCGAGGGCUGCCCCCGCCUGCAGCGCCUUUCGCUCGCGCACUGUGACUGGGUAGAUGGGCUGGCGCUGCGCGGCCUCGCUGACCGCUGUCCGGCCCUUGAGGAGCUGGACCUCACCGCCUGCCGACAGCUCAAGGAUGAAGCCAUCGUGUACCUGGCACAGAGGCGCGGCGCAGGCCUUCGCAGCCUCUCGCUGGCGGUCAACGCAAAUGUGGGGGACGUCGCCGUCCAGGAAUUGGCUCGCAACUGCCCGGAACUCCAGCACCUCGACCUAACCGGCUGCCUCCGGGUUGGAAGCGACGGUGUCAGGACGCUGGCCGAGUACUGCCCCGCGCUGCGCUCGCUGCGGGUGCGGCACUGCCACCAUGUGGCCGAGCCCAGCCUAAGCCGUUUGCGGAAGCGCGGCGUGGACAUCGAUGUGGAGCCUCCGCUGCAUCAGGCCCUGGUGCUGCUACAGGACAUGGCAGGCUUUGCACCCUUUGUCAACCUGCAGGUCUGACCCGCCUGCCGAUGGGCACAGCUGGACUGUGUGGCGGGGCCUCACUGUGAACCGUAGGGAAACUGAACUCUGGGGGCCUCGGCUGAGAGGCCAGUGCCCUGCCCUACCCUGGAGCUUCAAAUAAAGAGCUUUUUACCCCUU